UGCUUGCCGUCGAAGGUUUCUCUUCGCUACUUGAAAUACCAUUCCGGCAUUUCCACGAACAUACGACAAACACUCGAUCCAUGGCCGAUGAGACCGAUCCCUCGCCGGAGGCCGACGACUCCGUCGCCCAUCUCCUAUCCCAAGCUCGAAAGCUUGUGCCUGCCGCCCUCGCUGAGGCCCGUGCCGCCGCCGGCUUCCCGGCGCGAUGGAGCUCCAUUGCCGACAAGAUCGAGCGUGUCUCUCCCUCCCUCGAUGACCUCUCCAGCCUCCCCUGCUUCUCCCGGAACGCGCUCUGCAGGGAGUUGCUCCAAUCGGUGACUCGCGCCCUCUGCGCCUCCAUCGACCUCGCUGGUUGCGCCUCCGCCUCCGGGAAGCUCCAGAUGCAGAGUGACCUCGACGCUCUGUCCGGCGAGCUCGAUCUCGUGCUCGCCGACUGCGCGUUGCUGGUGAAAACCGGUGUCCUCGAGGACUCGGCCACCGCCGCUCCUUCGCAGUUGUUGGAUAAAAUGCGCGAGCUGCUUGCGCGCUUGCAGAUCGGGCACGCGGAAGCCAAACACCGGGCCGUGGACUCCCUCCUUGAAGCGAUGAGGGAGGACGAGAGGAGCGUGGUGGCCGCGCUCGGGCGAAGCAACGUCUCUGCGCUCAUACGCUUGCUUGGAGCUACCUCCGUCAAGAUCAAGGAGAAGGCGGCCACAGCGAUCUGCUUGCUGGCCGAGUCCGGGUGCUGCGAGAAGCUACUGGUUGCAGAAGGCGUGCUUCCUCCCGUAAUCAGACUAUCAGAGUCCGGGAGCUUGAUUUGUCGAGAGAAAGCCCUAAUUUCGCUGCAGAGACUAUCCAUCUCUGCCGAAACCGCACGUUCCAUAGUUGGCCAUGGAGGUGCUCGAUCUCUGGUCGAGAUAUGCCACUCUGGCGACUCCAUUUGCCAAUCGGCCGCCGCGGGCACGCUAAAGAAUCUCUCCGCCGUGCCGGAGGUCCGGCAGACGCUGGUGGAAGAAGGCACCAUAUCUGCCAUGAUCGACCUCCUGGACCGCGGAAUUGUUCUCAGCUCCAGAGAGCACGCCGCAGAGUGUUUGCUGAAUCUCACUACAAGCAACGACGGCUUUAGGCGGCUCGUCGUCGAGGAAGGCGGAGCUCGCAGUCUAUUAGCCUACCUGGAAAAGCCACUACCGCAGGAACCCGCCGUCGGUGCAUUGCGGAAUUUGAUCAGCGCGGCCACCGUCGGCAGCCUCGUUUCCCUGGGCCUCCUCCCUCGGCUGGUUCAUAUCCUCAGGGAUGGCUCUCUCGGCGCGCAGCAAGCGGCCGCGUCCAUCAUUUGCAGAAUUACCAAUUCCAACGACACGAAGAAGUCCAUCGGCGAGCUCGGCUGCCUUCCUCUGCUCGUCACAAUGCUCGAGUCUAAAACAAGCACGGCGAGAGAGGUCGCAGCGCAGGCCAUCGCCGGACUCAUCAGCCUUCCUCAGAACAAGAGGGAGCUCAAGAAAGAUGGCAAGACAAUGAUCAACCUAGUUCGCUUGCUGGAUCCUAACCCUCAGAACACAGCAAAAAAAUAUGCAGUCGCUUGCCUUCACUCCUUGUCUUCGAGCAAGAGGUGCAAAAAGCUGAUGCUCUCUUACGGUGCCGUCGGGUACCUCAAGAACCUUGCUGAAGUAGAAGACAUGGCUGGUGCCAAAAAACUGCUGAAAAGAUUGGAGAAGAACAAACUGAAGAACUUGUUCAUCAGAAAAGCAGGAUGAAAUCUCCUAUCCUUCGUAUAUUUGCUUCUCUCCCACUGUUAAUAUGUUCCACUGACUAGGAAUCAGAAAGAUGAGAGAUUGUCCAGGAAACUUGUUCGAAGUUGUACUAUACGCUGUUGAUGCCCUGUUUAUGUUCUCUCAUAGCUAUCUCAUCCAAUCAAGGUUUGCAGAUGUC